AUGGACGAGGCGUCGACCUCUGCCGAGGAGCAGGAGCGGCACUCCAGCAUCUCCAGCCUGACCACCGAGGAGUGGAGGAAGAGGAAUGAGCGGAAUGGCUAUGUGGACCUCUGGGUGGAGGACGAGUUCAACUCUGGGUCCCGCCUCGUGGGUGGCCGCGCGGCGCAUCUGGGCCUGCCGGCGGGACUGGGUUCUGGGGAGGGCCCCUCUGUCAGCAAGGCGCCCCGCCACUCUGUCAAGAUCCACAACCACUACGCCGAUCAGGAGGUGGAAGUGGAGGUGCCGGAGGACAGAUACAUCCUGUACGAGGCCGAGAGUCAGGGGCUGGAGCUGCCCUACGCAUGCCGCAUGGGCUGCUGCACCGCGUGUGCGGUCAAGGUGGAGAGCGGGGAGCUGUACCAGCCCCAGUCGCUGGGCAUCAGCCAGGGCCUGAAGGACCAGGCGAGGCCGGGUGGUGGCGGGGCGCCUGGCUACGCGCUCAUGUGUGUGGGCUACCCGCGCUCCGACCUGGUGCUCAGCACCGUGCCCGAGGACGAGGUGUACGACCUGCAGUUUGGCCGCGCUUUCCAGGAGCAAGCCACCGACCUGGACUCGGGCAGCAUCCUGCGCGACGACUUUGCGAUCGAGCUGGCCCUGGGCGACGAGUGA